UCAAAGCCAACCUGUACAAAACUUGAGAAUUCUCAACUUUCAUCGCCGGACUUUCCCGUUUUUGUCUCGGUCAUUGUGGCGGAAGACGGCCCAAAACACCUUGAACCCGUUCCCAUCCUCCUCCUUUAAAAAAGCUCUCUCUAACCCAUACCGGUACCGGUGGUAGUACCUUUCCCUUCUAAAAUGGCAGGGGCCGAAACUUGCAAUACAUGUACCAUCAAACAAACUCCAUAACCAUAGUAGACUAACCAUACACAUUCACCAUCACGAAAGAACCAUCCACUUCAAAAACAAUCUACUCAUCAAUCUACUUGAAGAUAAGGAACCAUGCGCUUAAAAACGAAGGGUAGGAACGAUGGCAAUAGGUGUAUGGAGUCACGUCAGUUGGGCCGGAUGUUUUGUAUGUUUGCCCUUUGCAGUGUCUCCUUCAGUUUAGUGCGGAAAUCCAGGACCCUGACAGGUGGCUUGUCGCUACUGGAAGGCCAACAAAAACUAGGCAGUGCCCAGCCUACAACUGCCACCGCUAGUACUACAGCUACCGGUACGAGUAUUACGGACAACGGGCCUGAAAAGGAGUGGCCUGCCUACCAAAAGUAUGAAUGGCAAGGUGUGCCGAAGCAGGAGAUUGGCCAUGCCUUGGUGAAGAAGGGGAAAGUAGACUUUAUUGAGUCUAUGGGGGAAUGGAUGUCGGAUCCUAGCAAGUUGGACGAGUUUUUGAAAGUCUACGAGAAUCGACCCGACAAGGUGAAUCUCUGCGGCAUGCGUAUCAAUCAUUCUCUGUAUCUCUAUGCCACUAUCAAAUACCUACAACCCACCACCAUUAUUGAAAAUGGCGUCAAUGCUGGUCACAGUACCUAUAUCAUGCGAGCAGCUGCACCCAAUGCCAAAAUAUAUGCCAUUGAUCCGUUGGAAAUACCUAUUUGUGGACAAAAAGAAAGAUGGAUUGAUCCUUCCGGUAAAACCGAGUAUUACACCGGCACGGUCAAGUUUCAAGAUUUCAAUCAAGUGGAUUGGGCUGCCAAAAUCGCCAGGAGGGAAAUCAAUCCGGAUCAAACCUUGGUACUCUUGGAUGAUCAUUUGGAUCCCAGCACAAGGUAUCCCACAAUCUUGAAGCACGGUUUUCGUCACAUUUUGCUCGAAGACAACUACAAACGGGGCAAGGGAGCCACGGAGGGCGAUAAGACCGGGUUCUUGCCCAAACAACUCUUUCAUGGAACGGACCGAAAUGCCCAAUUUUUCUUUCAAAUCACCAAACGUUAUGCCGAGUUCCCACCCUUGGUUUCACCCGUUCUGGCCAAGGAAUACACAAAACCCCCCAAACCGGCGGGGGGAUUCUUGCAUGUCUCGGACGAUUUGAAAACCAUUGUGGCACCCCUCCUGCGGCCAGAUCUAUCCGAAAAAGACAAGGCAAUCUACGAACAGAUUUGCAAGCGUCUGAACCUUGAUCCACGAUUGCUUGAUAGCGAAUCGUAUAUGCAAGUCAUGUGCUACAAUCAAUUUGCCUACAUGGAAAUGAUGCCCUUGGCACCGCGUCUUGUGGAACUGAUGUGACAACCCAGCCAAAACUAGCCAGCUACAAUGGGGAUACAUACAUCUGAAUAUUAUGCAAACUGUACCAGUAUUUUAAAAUGGAAAGAGCUAGAGUUGAAUGCGUUACACUUUAU